AUGGAUAUAGAUGAUGAAAUACUAUUUUUACCACCAAUUCCAGUACCUCCGUACAUAUUAUACUAUGAUGAAUAUGCAGGAUAUGCACCAAUUUCGGCAGAAAAACAUAUUUUGAGUUACUUGUGGUAUCUUGGUCACGAAAGUGCAGGAUAUCGAGACGUAGCUGAUCGGUUUGAUGUUACAAUUAGUACAUUGCAUGAAAUUUUAACAAGAGUAACAAACUUUUUAAUGCAGUUGGCUCCACAAGUUAUAAAAUUUCCUACAAUGCAAGAAAAAGAAGAAACAAUGGCACAUUUUCUCCAACAAAAACAAUUUCCUGGAGUUAUUGGUGCUGUAGAUGGCACGCAUAUCCGAAUCGAUAAACCGACACAAGAUCACGAUUCAUAUGUUAAUAGAAAACAAUUUUUUUCAAUACAUAUGCAGUGUGUAGUAGAUCAUAAACUGAAAAUUUUAGACGCGUUUAUUGGAUAUCCCGGAUCUGUACACGAUGCAAGAGUUUUUCGGGAAUCUCAUUUAUACGAAUGUCUUCAAGAAAUUUGUCCGA